AUGGCAAUCACAGUGGUAGCAGGAGUAAUGAUGAGAGAUGUGAUUGAUGCAGCUGCUAAGGAAGGCCUUGCUCUGCCACCUAUGACUUACUGGGAUGGCAUUUCUACAACAGGGGUGUUGAGCACUAGAGCUCAUGGAAGUGGGAUUUUGGGUAAGGGGAGUGCUCUCCAUGAUUAUGUUAGAGCUCUCACCAUUGUUGUUCCUACUACUCCUACACUAGGCUAUUUCAAGCUUGUAAGUGUUGCUCAGGGAGAUGAGUGUUUCAAUGGUGUGAGAUUAUCUCUGGGUGUAUUGGGCGCCAUCUCAGAGAUUACAUUUGUUAAUACAAUUGAAUCAACACAAGACACAAAGCUGUUAUGCAAUCUGACCGGACAAAUAAUGACCGCGAGAGUAUCGACAUGUGCAGGGUUCUUAAAUAGUGAAAGCCAAGGAUUCGUCAAAUAUCCAGUGAUAGGAUGGAAUAACAGAAUGCAGGCCACAGGAGGAUGUCAAGAUUACUUUCACAAACAAGAACCCAAUCCCAAACUAUGCACACGCCAUCAGAUUUUGGACAAGAACGAAUCCGUAUGUUCAUGGGAUCGUCGAGCAGAUGGUGUAAAAGGCUUCGACGUAGAAAUCUACGUGCCUCUCAAGAAUGCAAAACAUGCAAUUCUGGACGUAAAGAAAGUCCGAGACCUAAAUCCACAAGCCCUCUGUGAGCUUGAGUUUCAAGACGGCAUCUCCAUGCGCUCCGUGAAGAAGUCAGAAGCUUAUCUGGGACAUUCUGAAGAUGUUUUUACGUUCGAGCUUGAGUAUUUGAGAAAGGAGCAGUGGGAGGAACCAAGUGGAACACGGAUGUUUAUGAAGAGAUAG